AUGGGAAAAGUAGAAUUUGGAAAGGAGUUUGGACGAAAACACUUCAAUACAAGAUCAGAGGACGUAAUUGACGUGAAUAAUGGAUCAUUUGGUAACGUUCCCGAUGUGAUUUUGCAACUGUAUUGUGACCAUACCAUGGAGCAAAACAAGUUUAUUGAAAAGUACUUGAGGUACGACCAGCGUAAGGAGUACAUUGAUGCUUUGAAGGCGAUUGCAAGUUUGGUGGAUUGUGACUUCAAAUCGUUGGCACUUGUGGGCAAUGCUACCACCGCAGUCAACACCGUGUUGCGGUCGUUUCCCUUUCAAAAGGGCGAUAAGAUUGUCUAUGCUUCCACAACGUAUGGUGGAUGCUCCAAGACAAUAAAGUUUUUGGAAGAUAAGGGACUCAUUGAAGCGAUUGCAGUGGAAAUAAAGUUACCUGCUUCAGAAGACGAUAUUGUCAAUUAUUUUGCAGCAGCUAUUGAAGAACACCUGCCCACGAUGUGUUUCUUCGAUACAGUUUCGUCCAAGCCGGCGCUAAGGUUUCCAUUUGAACGCUUGACACAAUUGUGCCGCGAAGAGAACGUUCUUUCGUUAAUUGAUGGAGCUCAUGGAAUCGGCCUCAUUGAUAUUUCAAUUGACACUUUGAAGCCUGAUUUUUUGGUGAGCAACAUCCACAAAUGGUUGUAUGUUCCUCGUGGCUGCGCAUUCCUCUACGUUGAUCCAAAACACUUUAGCAAAGUCCACACCAUUCCGAUUUCACACUCUUAUCUUGCUGAUGAUCAAGUGUUGCCUGACCAUCUUGAAGAAUACAGGCUAAUCGAUAGAUUUCAGUUUGUUGGCACCGAAAACAAAGCGUCGAUAGCCACAAUUCCCCAGGCAAUAAAAUUCAGAGAAGAGGUCUGUGGAGGUGAAAAGAACAUUCAGGACUAUUGCAAUAAACUUUCCGAGGACGCAGCUGAAGAAAUCACCACGAAAGUGUGGCCAGGAAUGAAAGUGUUGAAAGUUGACGGUGCUCCAAGUACGGCAUUAUUUAAUGUUCAGGUACCAAUCGAGAAGUACUUGCCUACAGAUUUCAACAAAUCAGAGCUUGCAGAUUGUUUGUUAUACCUUGAGGAGCAAAUAUGCUUCAACCAGUCGACUUUUGUUCCAUUUCUGAUCUAUUACAACAAGGUGUAUGCUAGGUUUUCGUGUCAAGUGUUCAAUACCGUCGACGACUAUGUUGAGGUAUGUUCCAGAAUAGAAGCCGAAAUGUCCAAGUUUUUCAGCUCAGGCAAGUAUAAAGAGCUUUCUAGUCAGAAACAUAGUGGUGCAUUGUUUCAGCUCAUAGAAACUUUAAGUCUAUAA